AUUGGUAGUAUCUCAAACAAACAGGUUGAACAAUAAAUACCGAAAAGCGAUAUAUUUAAGUAGCAACCCUAUCUGCAUUUACAGGCCGGGCCACGUACAAGAAGAAAUUAAUAAAAAAAAAAACUUACAAACAUAAAACGGAAUCAUGGAAGCUAUGCAGCGUUACGUUUCACCGGUGAACCCAGCGGUCUUUCCCCAUCUCGCAUCUGUGCUCCUCAUUAUCGGUACAUUCUUUACGGCUUGGUUCUUUGUAUUUGUGGUGUCACGAAAGAGCACAAAGGAGAGCACAUUGAUCAAGGAGCUGCUGAUCAGUCUGUGCGCCUCGAUAUUCCUCGGCUUUGGCAUUGUGUUUCUCCUGCUAACCGUUGGUAUUUACGUAUGAGAACAGUGGCAAAUGCAAACAUUCCGUUUUUGAAAAGAUAUGAAAAUGUAUUCGGCAAUAAAUAUAUGUGUGGGCGUG